AUGUCAACUGGUAUAGCAGGAACUUCAAAACAAGUUCAGACUCCACUGAAUUAUGUUGGUGGUCAGCGUUUAACACCUAGCUGUUCAGAUAGUUUUAAUUUAUUCUCUCCUGCAACAGGGGAGAAGUUGAGAGAUGUUCCAGCAUCAAAUGAGAAAGAUAUCCAGAAUGUUGUAGAUAAGGCACGAGAAGCUUUUCAUUCUUGGUCUAGAGAAUCCCCUUUUAACAGAGGAAAAAUCUUAAAGAAAGCAGCAGAUAUAAUUAGGUCACGAUCUGAAGAACUAGCUAGAACAGAAGUAUUAGAUACAGGUAAACCAAUAUGGGAAGCUAGGUAUGAUAUAGAAGGUUGUGCUGAUACUAUAGAAUAUUAUGGUGGAAUUAUUGCCAAUCAUAAUGGAGAUUUUAUACAAGUAGAGGGAGGAAGUUUUGCUUACACAAUACGAGAACCUUUAGGGGUAGUUGGUGGAAUAGGAGCCUGGAAUUACCCUUUCCAAAUGGCAUCCUGGAAGUCGGCGCCAGCGCUAGCUUGUGGUAAUACUAUGGUAUUUAAACCAUCACCUCUAACACCACUGACAGCUGUAAUGUUAGGUGAAAUAUAUCAAGAAGCUGGAUUACCUGAUGGUUGUUAUAAUGUUAUACAGGGUGAAAGAGAAACUGGUGAAAUAUUAUCAUCUCAUCCUGAUAUUGAUAAAAUAACAUUUACUGGUAGUGUCCCUACUGGUAGUAAUAUAAUGGCUGCUUGUGCUAAGGAUAUAAAACAUGUAACAUUAGAAUUAGGAGGGAAGUCUCCUUUAAUAAUAUUUGCUGAUAGUAAUCUAGAUAAUGCUGUUAAAGGGGCUAUGUUGGCUAAUUUCAGCAAUCAGGGGCAGGUUUGUUCGAAUGGUACUCGAGUAUUUGUAGAGAAAUCAAUAGUAAAACCAUUUCUAGAGAAGCUGGUAGAAAGAACUAAAGCUAUGGUUAUAGGCAAUCCUAAUAAUGAAGAUACAACAGUAGGAGCUACUAUAAGUCAAGAACAGGCUGAAUGUGUAUUGAAAUAUAUUCAAAUAGGUCAGUCAGAGGGAGCUAAGAUAUACUAUGGUGGAGAAAGAGUAAAGCCAUCUGAUUCUAGUCUACAGAAUGGGUAUUAUCUAAAACCCUGUAUAUUAACAGACUGUCAGGAUACCAUGAGAGUUGUACAGGAAGAAAUAUUUGGUGCUGUCAUGUCUGUUUUAACCUUUGAUUGUGAAGAUGAAGUUGUAUCAAGGGCGAAUAACUCUGAGUUUGGUUUAGCUGGUGGUGUAUUUACAAAAGAUCUAAGUAGAGCUCAUCGUGUAGUAAGAAAAAUGGAAACAGGAUCACUAUAUGUUAAUAAUUAUAAUAUUUAUCCUGUUGGAGUACCGUUUGGUGGAUACAAGAAAUCUGGACUAGGAAGAGAGAAUGGGAAAGAUACACUAGACUACUAUUCUCAAAUCAAAUCUGUUUAUGUUGAAAUGAAUGAUGUAGAUUGUCCAUAUUAA